AUGAUAACAGCUGACCUCUGCUGCAGUUAUGUCCCUCCCGACCAGGAGGGUGUAAUGUCCGGGAACCAACUGGCUGGGAAGCAUCCACUGGGAGCGCGCGCAAGGAACCUCCACACCACCGGAGCGCUGGUGGUGAGAUUUGAGAUGCCUUUCGCAGUAUGGUGUGACAAUUGCAAACCCCACCCCGUCAUAAUCGGUCAAGGUGUGCGCUUCAAUGCAGAGAAAACCAAAGUCGGGAAUUACUACUCCACUCCCAUCUACACUUUUCGCAUGAAGCACACUGUGUGCGGCGGCACCAUCGAAAUCAAGACCGAUCCCCAAAACACCGCAUAUGUUGUUACCGAAGGUGGACGCAAGCGAGAUCUCGGUGAAGACAAGCCUCUACAACCAGGCGAGAUCGCCAUCAAACCCUUUGCCUCGAAUCAAGACCCAGCAGAGAAGGACCCUUUCUCAAAACUUGAGGACAAGAUGGAGGACAAGACUCGUGCCAAGACAGAAGCCAGCCGCAUUCUCGAGCUCCGGAAGGCCAGGGACAGGGACUGGGAGGAUCCAUAUACCAAGAAUCAGAAGCUGCGCCACCAUUUCCGACAGGAGCGCAAGAGUCUCGAAAAGAAAGAUGCUUCCAAGGCGGCUCUGCAAAAGAAGUUCAGUCUGGAUUACGAGAUCCUCGACACAACAGAUGCAGACCGUCAAGAAGCGAGCCAAGUCCAGUUUGGCGGAGACGCCCAAGCCAGAGAAACACGCGAAGAACGGGCCAUUCGUCUUAAGCCCAUGUUUUCGGCCCAUGAUCCCUUGCGAAAAAUCAACGCCCAUGGCAAGAAUCGAGUGACUAGGAAGACCGACCUGGCCGCCGCCCGCAAAGCUUCCUGGCGCAAGGACGUCCUUGCCAAGGCUCGUGCCGAUAGGAAUCCUUUCGGUGAUCUUGAUGAUAUGACAGACUGGACCGCGACAAAACCUCUGCCCUCGAAGCCCUCUAGAUCUUCAGCCGGUGAGAGGCCCAUCAUCAGACCUAGUGCUCCGUCUGUCGCCCCCAUAUCCAAGCCUGAUGACGCUCCUCCGAUUCAAACCCCAACGUCCAUGCCCAAGGCUCCACUCGUCAACUACUCUUCCGAAUCGGAGUGA